AUGGAUGAUAAUAGAGAUUCAAUCAUUCCUAAUAGAGCCCAAGAUACAACGGAAUCAUUUAAAGAUAAUACAGUUGUACCAGGGACAAAUCACCAAAAUGCAGAGGAUCAUUGGGUGUUACCUGCCUAUGUUAAUCCCUUUGAUGUUCUUGGUCAAAGAAAUAAAUCACGUAUCAAUGAAAUUCAAAAGGCUACAGGCUCCUUUAUUGAAUUCAAUGAACAAUACAACCAAGUUGAUAUUUGGGGUGAUGCAGAGGCUAUUGCAAAAGCAAAAUCUUAUUUAGAUAUGAUUGUCUCUCGCUUACUUGAUAAAGAGUCUCGUACAAGACGUAAAACAAAGAAAUGGAGUAAACCUGAACGUGAACUAACUGAAAAGGAAAAACGACGUGCUGAACGUAGACAGGCAAGAAUCGAUGAAGAGAAACGAUAUCAUGGUUUACCACCUAUUCUUCAGAAUUAUAAUGCUGUAUUUCCACUACCUGAUCAAACGUUACCUCUUUUACGUUUAAUGGGUGAAAAUGAAUCUUAUUUUAAUCGAAUCCGUGCUGAUUGUAAAUGUUACAUUUGGUAUGAACCUUCUACAAAUUCGGUUCGUUUUGCAGCUGAUACAGAAGAAUCUGUAAAGCAAGCUGCACAACGUGUACGAAAUUGGCAUCUACGUCACUCUCGUAAAGUAAAGAAAGCCGUCCUUCGAUUAAUGCAACAACCUACACAACAAUGGUUACUUACUUAUCGAAAGCUACCAAACAACUUUACUACCUAUCGCUAUGUCGAUCCAACAGGAGAACAAAAUAUGUUGGAAAGACAGAGAAUGUUGGAAACGGUAAACACAGGUGUUAUACCUAAAAUCAACGAUCUUAUUGUUUUUAAUGAAGAAGCAACAAGGUCUGAACAACUUUCUGAACGGGUAAAAACAUUGAAUUCUCGUAAUGAAAAAAUGAUUGAACAUCUUUUAGUUCAAGGACUUGAAAGUCUUCGUCUUAAUGAUUGGGUUAUUCGUAUGAAGAUUCGUUAUGGUCAAAUAUGUCUAAUUGAUUAUCCUAAAAAGGAUGGACAAUUUUUAUCGAUUGAAGAAGUAAGCGACAAAAUCUUUCAUAAGCCUCAAUUUAAAUCAGCUUUAGCUCCCUGUAUCAGUCGAACUCAACAGGGCUUAAAGGGACUCUUUGAAUAUCUUUCUGAAGAUCAACAUGCAGUCGCCUUUUCAGAGAAUCCACGUACCUCCUUUGUUAUCAUGGCUGAUCAGUAUCCCUUUGCAGCUCCCCCUACUCUUCCUGGUCAACGUGAUCCACCUCGAGGUGAUAUGUGGCCUACUGUGAUGCAAAUCUCGUUUACAGAGAAUGGACAGCGUGGUCUCUGGAGUACGAUUACUGAAUGUACGGAUGUAGUGGAUAUUACUACAACCGAUUUAGAAAGUCAUUACUCCUGGGAUCUGAAACUACAAUCAGCACAAAUACUUUCUAAUGAGGAUAUAGAUUCACCUCAUGAAAAAUUCGCUCACGGUCUUCGUGUGAGCCCUACAAGUCGUUUAAUCAUGGUUACCUCAAAUGACUAUGUUCCUCGUUUAGUGACACAAAAGACAAAAUGGCUCUAUAGCUGGAAGGAAGGUUAUAUUGUUGAAAUAUGUCAAGAUGAAAUAUGGGAUAUUGGACGUAUUGAAAGACCUGAUCGUGAAUUACCCGUUGAUUUAACACUUUUCGAUCCUCAUCGUGUUCUCUUUAAGGUUUCCCUUUACAAGGAAUCUUGGGUAGAUCGAUUUGCAGAAAAUUUAAACCUUAAGAUUGGAGAGGCUCCUUCCUGGACGAUCAAAGAUUUCUUGGCCACUCAAGAAGAGAAUGCCUCUUCUCUCAUGAAAAUAGCUAAAGAAUUCAGUAAUAUCCUAAACUCAACUGUCCCCUUAUAUUGGGAAAACUCUGGAAAUUCUUUAGUUUAA